AACGGACAGCCGUGCCCCUCUCUUCACCACUCGACUGCACCAGCACCUUCUCUCUCCCUCAUCCUCGCCGCACUCAUGAAGAACAAGAAGACCGUGAGCCAUGGCAGCGGUAUGCCUUCUCGCGAAGUGCAGCACAUUAGAGACGUAGCCAUGCACGAGACCUUGGCUUCGCUGCCCGACACCUUUGCAAACAACUUUCUGACGGGCAGGCGCGUCCCCCCUCCUCACGAGUGCGACGGAGAGACAACUGAGACUGUGGAUGAUUGGGCUGCUCGGGCAUUCGAGGCGCCACCUGCUAGGAUGGCAGAGAGGCUGGACGCCUUCGAGUCAGCGCUUCUGCGAGUGCACGAGAUGAAGAGGCCGUCGGCAGUCCCUGCAACGGUAAAGGCAUUCAAGCUAGGCUGGAUAUGUCUUUUGCGCUGCUGCAGGAGCCCUCAAGUAGCAAGGCGUGCAUCGCUCGCGCCUCUAAGAUGCCGUCGUUCAAGGACGAGAGCGAAGACAUGCUUCUUCAACUGUGGCACAGCAGAGCCGAGACCCUUGAGGCGACGGUGCUCGACAUCCGCCUCGCCGCGCGCAAAUUUCACGAGGAUCCCGCUUGGCGUGGAAACGGCAAGUACCAGGACCACAAGGCAUGCUUCGAUUCGGCGUACCUCGAGAUGCGAGAGCCGCUCGCGGCUACAGACGCUCGUCUCCACGCCGGUCCGAGCAGCACGCGCGGUCGAUCCGCAGCGGACGAGUCAGAGGACGAGGUUGUGGAGGCGUCGGCGGCCGCUGAAACGUCAAGCACCGGACGCCGCGCUGCAGGCAGAGCGCCGCCCUUGAGGCUCACUGCGCCCCCCGGCCCGUGAGUGCCAGGGCUGGCAGUAUCUCUGACAGCUGCUGCACGCUCGCUGAACCUGUGCGCCGUGAUCUAGGGCCGGUCGCCA